AUGCAAGCUGCCGUUAAAAUCUAAAGAAGAAGAAGAAGAAUCUAACUCCUUUCAUUUCUCCUCGGUAGCAUGACUAACAUGGAAAUGUGGCCCGAAAUAGAGAAAGCAGCGACAGAGCAGAGACGUGAGCUGGUUUUACAGGGCGGCGGUGUUGAUAAGAGGAUCUCCUCCUGCGGAGGGCUUCCCUCUUCUCUUUAUUCCCUGCAGUUGCUGAAUUAUCUUGAAGUCAGCCAAUGUCCGAGUUUGACAGAGAUCCACGUGGAAAUCAAACAUCUGACCAACCUCCAAAGCCUCGUCCUGUGCAGGAACAAGCUGACCUCUGUCCCGGAUGUCAUCGGCAUCCUGAAGUCGCUGAAGGUCCUGGAUCUGUCCGUCAACAACCUCAAAUGCUUGCCACAGGGGAUCACUCAGCUAAAGGAACUGAAUACUCUUAAUGUGAGCUGCAACUGCUUGGAGGCUCUUCCAGGUGGCCUGAGUCAGUGCAACAAGCUGGCGACCAUCAAUGUCUCCAAGAACCAAAUCACUACUUUCCCUCCUGAUCUCUUCUCUGAGCGGCUGGACCUGCUCAGCACGCUGGUGGCCUCUGAUAACUCACUCCAGGAGCUGAGUGGAGAGAUUUGUAAGCUAUCAGCUCUAAAGGUGCUGGAUCUCUCCAACAACAAGCUGAGUGAGAUUCCUUCAGAUCUGAGCGACUGCCCCAAGUUAAAGGAGAUCAACUUCAAGGGCAACAAGCUUAGCGACAAGCGCUUAGAGAAGAUGGUCAAUGGCUGUCAGACCAAGUCCAUCCUAGAGUACCUGAGAGGCAAAGGAAGAGGAAGACGGGAUGAAGAGGGAGGCGACUCUGACAAGAAGAAAAAGCAGCAGCAGCAGAAGAAGAAGAAGGGAAAGGUGAGGGAGGAAAAAGAUGAGGUGGAGGAGCUGAACCAGAUGGUGGUGAGGGUGCUCCACGUCUCCGAGGCGCCCACAGCGCUCACAGUCAAGGUCAACGCUGAGGUCAAAGAUGUCCGACCGUACCUGGUGUGCUGCCUGGUCAGAGGAAUGAGUCUGAAGCCAGGGAAUGCUCUGAAACGCUUCCUAUUGGCUCAGACAAAGCUCCACGAUGAUUUGUGUGGUAGAAGAACAAUUGCAACCAUCGCGACCCAUGAUGCGCAGCUUGUGAAAGGACCACUGGUUUACGAUGUGAGACCACCGACCCAACUGAAGGUGGUGCCCCUGGGUCGGAGGGAGAUGACGGCCGUGGAGCUGAUAAGACAGCUUCAUUUAGAGGCCGAUGAGCUCAGGAAGCAGAAGAAGAGGCAGAAUGUGACUGGCCUCCACAAAUACCUGCAGCUUUUGGAAGGAAAGUCCGUCUACCCCUGCUUAGUGGAUGCAGAUGGAGAUGUGAUCUCAUUUCCACCAAUUACUAACAGUGAGAAAACCAAGAUCAAGAAGACAACUACAGAGUUGCUGGUUGAAGUAACAAGCUCAACCAGCCUGCAGACCUGUAAAGAUGUCAUGGAUGCUUUGAUCAUAAAAAUGGCAGAGCUGAACAAGUUCACUGUCGAACAUCAGGAGGAGGCCGGGUCAGACGGAGAGGAGGACAGCGCACGGCAGCCAGCCGCCGACGCAGAAACCUCCAGCCAACUCAUCGUCCAACAGGUCCGGACCGUUGAUCAAGAUGGGAACCUGAAAGUGGUUUACCCGUCAAAAACGGAUCUCUCCAAAGAAUUCAGUAACUUCACUGUCAUUUGGUAGUAAUAUUUAAUGUCAGCACCCAUUUACAGCCGAUUAUUUUAACAGUUUUCCCUUUUGAACCUCGAGCUUUUCUCACAGUCCGUUUGGUACGAUGCAUCCGUCUGUCUUCACACAUUCAAAACAAACACGUUUGUAGGAAAUAUUGGCCGAAUGUAAAUGUGCCCAUCUAGUUAUUGUAUGAUAUUUUUUCAGAUUUUUGGAUGCAUCCCUAAGCAACAAAUACUCCAAAUGUCUAUUUUCCUGUGAUUUGUAUUUUUAUUUUAUUUUUUUUACGCACACAAAUGCCCAUUGGUCAGUGUCGCUUACUUUAACUGGUCAUUUUUUCUUGCAUUUUUAUAGAUUUAUUUUGAUUCCUUAACUUUCAUUAUUUAUCUAUUCCGGUUUUUGGCGUAAUUCUUUGUCUCAUGCAGGGGACAAGAUGGUAACUGAACCAGAACGUGGAGUUCAGUCAGAAAAAAAACAAAUCAUGAACACAACAAUGAUAUAGAUGCUAAAUUUAUUAUUAUAUUGUUUAUUAUUGUAAUUCUUUAGGCAGACCUGAGAAAUGUAACUCCUCAAUGGGAAACAAAUACACUUGCCAACAUCUGCUGAAAAAAUAAUCAAAUAAUCUGGUCCAAUUACAGACAUUAAAACACCAGCAUGACCUGUACUAAUCUGGGUACAAUUUUGUACAAAAUAAAAUUCUAUGUGCUAA